AUGCAGCUGGAGCAUUGUCUUUCUCCCUCUAUCAUGCUCUCCAAGAAAUUUCUCAAUGUGAGCAGCAGUUACCCACAUGCAGGCGGAUCUGAGCUUGCCUUGCAUGAUCAUCCCAUUAUCUCGACCACUGACAACCUGGAGAGAAGUUCACCUUUGAAAAAAAUUACCAGGGGGAUGACGAAUCAGUCAGAUACAGACAAUUUUCCUGACUCCAAGGACACACCAGGGGACGUCCAGAGAAAUAAACUCUCUCCCGUCUUGGACGGGGUCUCUGAGCUUCGUCACAGUUUCGAUGGAUCUGCUGCAGAUCGCUAUCUGCUCUCUCAGUCCAGCCAGCCCCAGUCUGCUGCCUCUGCUCCUAGUACCAUGUUCCCUUAUCCCAGCCAGCAUGGACCUGCUCACCCAGCCUUCUCCAUCGCCAGCCCCAGCCGCUACAUGGCUCAUCAUCCUGUGAUCACCAACGGAGCUUAUAACAGCCUCCUGUCCAACUCUUCUCCGCAAGGCUACCCCACGGCGGGCUACCCGUACCCCCAGCAGUAUGGUCAUUCCUACCAAGGGGCACCUUUCUACCAGUUCUCCUCCACCCAGCCGGGGCUGGUUCCCGGCAAGGCUCAGGUCUACCUGUGCAACAGGCCACUCUGGCUGAAAUUUCACCGGCACCAGACGGAGAUGAUCAUCACGAAGCAGGGAAGGCGCAUGUUCCCUUUCCUAAGCUUUAAUAUUUCUGGUCUCGACCCUACGGCUCACUACAAUAUUUUUGUGGAUGUAAUUUUGGCGGACCCCAAUCACUGGAGAUUUCAGGGAGGCAAAUGGGUUCCUUGCGGCAAGGCGGACACCAAUGUACAAGGAAACCGGGUGUAUAUGCAUCCCGACUCUCCCAACACGGGAGCCCACUGGAUGCGUCAGGAAAUCUCCUUUGGGAAACUAAAACUUACAAACAAUAAAGGAGCAUCAAACAACAACGGGCAGAUGGUGGUUUUGCAGUCCCUUCACAAGUACCAACCUCGCUUGCAUGUGGUGGAGGUGAACGAAGACGGGACGGAGGAUACCAACCAGCCGGGCAGAGUGCAGACAUUCACGUUCCCCGAGACGCAGUUCAUUGCCGUCACCGCCUACCAAAACACCGAUAUCACACAGCUGAAAAUAGACCACAACCCUUUCGCAAAAGGAUUCCGAGACAAUUAUGACACGAUCUACACGGGCUGCGACAUGGACCGGCUGACGCCUUCCCCCAACGACUCGCCCCGCUCGCAGAUCGUGCCCGGGGCCCGCUACGCCAUGGCCGGCUCCUUCCUCCAGGACCAGUUCGUGAGUAACUACGCCAAGUCCCGCUUCCAUCCCGGGGCAGGAGCCGGCCCGGGGCCCGGCGCCGACCGCAGCGUGCCCCACACCAACGGGCUGCUCUCCCCACAGCAAGCCGAGGACCCGGGGGCCCCCUCGCCGCAGCGCUGGUUCGUCGCCCCCGCCAACAACCGCCUCGACUUCGCCGCCUCCGCCUACGACACGGCCACCGACUUCGCCGGCAACGCGGCCACGCUGCUCUCCUACGCGGCCGCGGGCGUCAAGGCGCUGCCGCUGCAGGCGGCCGGCUGCGCCGGGCGGCCGCUGGGCUACUACGCCGACCCCUCGGGCUGGGGGGCCCGCAGCCCCCCGCAGUACUGCAGCAAGUCGGGCUCCGUGCUCUCCUGCUGGCCCAACAGCGCGGCGGCGGCGCGCAUGGCCGCCGGCAACCCCUACCUGGGGGAGGAGGCGGAGAGCCUGGCCCCCGAGCGGUCCCCCUUGCCGGGCGCCGAGGACUCCAAGCCCAAAGAUUUGUCCGACUCCAGCUGGAUCGAGACGCCGUCGUCCAUUAAGUCCAUCGACUCCUCCGAUUCUGGGAUUUACGAGCAGGCCAAAAGGAGGCGGAUCUCCCCCUCGGACACCCCAGUGUCCGAGAGCUCCUCGCCCCUCAAGAGCGAGGUGCUUACCCAGCGGGACUGCGAAAAGACCUGCGCCAAGGACAUCGGCUAUUACGGCUUCUACUCGCACAGCUAG